UUGCUCUCUCUAUCUCUCUCUCUCUCUCUCUCUCUCUCUCUCUCUCUAUCUAUCUAUCUAUCUAUCUAUUUGUCUAUCUAUCUAUCCAUGUCUUUCUCAUGUCUACCCAAAAAAUAUCGUCGUUUGUCUGAGAAGCGUACAACAGUCCGUCCACGUAAGUCCGAGGUCACUCGGUUCAUUUGCUGGCGAAAGUUUAGGCGUAAAUUAGAGGAAAUAGGUGCAGCCCCUUUUCCCUCACUUUUUAAUCUCUCUUUUUCUCUUUUCCUUUUCUUCUGUUAUUUUUCUAUUUUAUGCCCCCACUCUCCUUGUUUAAAUUUCUUUAAUUUGACUCUCUUUCUCUUUAUCUCUGAUAUCUUUCGCUUUCGCUUUCCAUUAUUUACGUUCUCUUGUUUAACUAUCUUUCCUGUUUUAAUCUUUUUUCUUUCUUUCUUUCUUUCUUUCUUUCUUUCUUUCUUUCUUUCUUCCCAUUUUGCUUUCAUCCCAUUCUUUCUUUCUUUCUUUCUUUCUUUCUUUCUUUCUUUCUUUCUUUCUUUCUUUCCUCCCAUUCUUUCUUUUCUGCCUUUUUUCCUACUCAUUCUUUCUUUCUUCCCAUUCUUUCUUUCUUUCUUUCUUCCCAUUCUUUCUUUCUUUCUUUCUUUCUUUCUUUCUUUCUUUCUUUCUUUCUUUCUUUCUUUCUUUCUUUCUUCCUAUUUUGCUUUCAUCCCAUUCUUUCUUUCUUUCCUUCUAUUCUUUCUUUCUAUCCUCCCAUUCUUUCUUUUCUGCCUUUCUUUCUUCUCAUUCUUUCUUUCUUCCCAUUCUUUCUUUCUUUCUUUCUUUCUAUUUUGCUUUCAUCCCAUUCUUUAUUUCUUUAUUUCUUUCUUUCUUUCUUUCUUUCUUCCCAUUCUUUCUUUCUUUCUUUCUUUCUUUCUUUCUUUCUUUCUUUCUUUCUUUCCUCCCUUCUUUCUUUUUUUAUUUUUCUUGUCUUUCUCACCCUCUUUCUCUAACACAUCUCUCUAUCGCUCUUUGAAUUCCCUUUCUCUAAUACCACUUCUUAUCUCUCUCUUUUUCUUUCUCUCUCUAUCUUUUUGUCUUUCUUUUCUUUAUAAUUUUUCUCUUUUGAUGUUCACCCGACCGCCUUUCAGACCCGUUACGUUUUAUUGUAGACGCAUCUUAAGUUUUUCUUUGAUGUCUUUCUUUUUGCUUCUUCUUCUCCCCUUCUAUUGUUUAUUUUCUUUCCCUUAG